AUGUCACUACCGCUACACGCUGUGCUGUUAAAGUACAUGAACUCUGAAACCAAAGCCGUUGACGAUGGCGUAGACGAUGGUAUAGCGGCAGCAAAAGUUACUACUCUAAGUGGCUCGAAACGGCCUCGGAAGCAAUCUGACUAUGCUAAUAUCACGGAAGAGAAUGCUCAUAAAAGAGGAAAACGCCGAAAACCCGACACCAUCAGCAGACCUAGGCAAGAAACCACCGAUAUUGAAAGCAGCGACGAUACUGAGCUCCGAAGUAGAGAUUCAGCGGCAGAGGAGAAGACACUCUGUGAGAAAUUAUCAGGGAUUGUUGUGAAAGAGAUCCUUCUAGCCUUGUUAAGUUUAUCCAACUCGAUAAAGAGGGGUAGACACUGUUGA